AUGGCGGCCUCGACACUCGGCCAUCCUGCACUCCCCGUCGAGCUUUGGCUGGCCACUGCAGCACACGUCACCGAUUUCGCCGACUUGGCUGUUCUGGCGAGGACCUCGAGCCCGCUGCACAACGCAAUCGUCCCGGUCCUGUACGCUCGCGCAUUGUCCUCGCUGCGAAGCGAGCGGGCGUUGUUCUGGGGAGUGCUCAACGGAUUCCCGCGCACAGUUGAAGCGGCUCUCGAUGCUGGCAUCAGCGUGAACUUGACGUGGCAUUCCCUCCUUCGUGCCAACAAGCUCAAAUCCGUCUUCUCCAACCCCGAGGGUGCCAACCUCAAGGAUUACUUAAAUGCGGUAGAUCGUCGCGGCGCUGCCAAGCCAGGUGAACCGAAAUGGCACUGGUCGGCGUUGCAUCUCGCAGCCAUGAAGGGUCAGACUGAGAUUGUUGAGCUGCUGCUCCAGCGCAAUGCCAAGAUGAGCACGGGUAGUUUGGGACUAUGCGAUUGCGGAAUGCGACCGCGGACUGUUGGGCAAAGACCCCGACACUCAGGCGAUCAUCGACCUACCCUCUGGACUCCGUACCAUGUUGCCGUUUGCGCGGGACAAGUCCCUGCGGCGAACCUCUUGAUCUCCAAUGGAGCCUCCGUUGACAUGGAAACUCCCCAGCAGAGUAUUGACUGGGCUCCAACACUUUUGACAGCCCUCCACAUUGCAUCCAAGUCUGGCAAUGGAGACAUGCUACACUGGCUCUUGAGCAAGGGCCAUACUUCGGGUGGUGUUGAAUCCGUCGAUCGUCUUGGGCAGACUCCGCUUGUGUAUGCAUACCUGCAUCAGAACUGGAGUUGCUUUGAUAUCUUGCUUCAGAAUGGCGCCAACAAGAAUAGAGUAGUCUCGUUCAAUCUCGCUGAAGAUCGAGAUGACUGGAUGAAUGAGACGAUGCUUUACGAUGCCAUUUCCAGCUUCAGGUUCAAGGAUGCCUUGCGUCUGGUUGAAGCUGGAGUUGAUUUGGUGAAACCUGCUGAUGAACUGACAGCCCCUCCUCUUAUUCAUUUACUGUGUAAGAAGCCAUGGGAUGUCAUGUUGGUCAACAACCCCAGUAAAGAUUCACCGGAUGAUCUGGUCCGCAGUGGGGAGAUUUUGCUCGAAGAAUUCCUCAAGCGAGGGUUGAAUCCUAAUGAGAGCCAUUCCGGAUACACGGCACUUGGUUACGCUGCUGGCGCAUGCAAUAUUUUUGCCAUUCGAUGUUUGCUUCGUGCUGGCGCGCAUAUCAACGGCAAUCCUGGGGAUAUGUUCUCGCCGCUGGCAAAGGCGUGCCAAAACCAAUGGCGUAAGCCAAUGCUGGAGACUGUGUCUUUACUCAUAGAAUCGGGAGCCUCGGUGAAUAGGAUCGGGGAUACAGCCGUGGCUCCCACCUGGGCACUUUCAGGCCGUUAUAAUAACUCUCCAGAGAAGAAGCAGGUAUUGGAACUGCUACUAGAUCACGGUGCGCGUAUCUCUCGUGGCACGUCUUCCGGACAACGCUCGUUCGUCACCCCUCUCGAGGAAUCAUUACGAAUGGGGGAUAUGGAAACCUUCGAGAAACUGCUGUCGCGAUGCAAGCCUGAGGAGAUUGGCGAUGAUGAUAUUGUAGGCUUUUGGAGUGCCAUUCCCUCUGGCGAGGGUGCCCAUCGCUACAGACGUGUUCUUGACUUGGACACAAAUCGCGCCAUCGUUCGAGACAUGCCGCUGGCAUUAACCACUUUGCUUCAUCAAAGGCCAAUACCAAACGACCUCGUAGUGAGGCUACUGGAAAUGGGGGCGAAUCCCAACACCACAUUCGGUAUGUCGAAUCUUGUCAGCGCCAUAAUGAGCCAGGAAGAUACAAGUGCUGUUGUCAAAACGUUGCUGGCGCACGGGGCAAACCCGAAUACCAAAUGGGAUUCCGCUACACCACUCACCUACGUAUUAAGGCACUGCAAGCAGCCAUUGAAAGCAAAAUUAAGCCACGUGGGAUGCCUUCUAGAUGCGGGUGUCUCGAUCUACGAACGACUGAGCCGCUCACCUUCUGUUGGGGUUCUCUCUCCAGGCGCGCCGGCGACUCAUCUCGGCCUUGCCAUCCAAAACUUGAACGAGAGCCCGAAGCUUACGCAACUCAUGCUGGAGCGACAGCCAUUCCGCGAUCAUCCACAGAUCCGGCCCUACGAAUACAUUUACCAGGCCUUUGGACUUGGCAAUGCCAGAGCACUCGAAGCCAUCAUCCGAACUUGUGAUGACGCGAAAUCUCUGAUCCGUGAAAAGGCGCAUGAACUCAUACAUCAUCUGCUUGACUUGCUCUGUGUUUCUUCCCGUGUCGAGGACAUGAUGACAAGGGUUGAGUGUUUGCGUUUUCUUUUUGAAGAAUGCGAGCCGGAUUUGUUCUUGGAUGCCCCGGAGCGCUCAGAAGAUAAACGCACCGCUAGAGAGAAACUGUUGGGUGCUAUGAAUAUUGACGGCAUAUGGGGUAGCCAUAAGGGAAUGGGCAUGUAUUUCAUUGUUAGGGUCCAGUUUUCGGAAGAGGAUACCAAGCCCAGGUUUUUGGAACCUGAAGUGUUGAUAGGUGAUGCUUCUACGGCAUCAUCUGUAUCAGGGACACGUUCUAGGGAUCGAUAA